CUCCUCCGCGCCGCUCCCCGUGCACGCUCUUUUGCCAGCUCUGCUGGUGAUGCUGCUAAGAACAGCUGGCAGGCUCAGCAGGAGGUCAGUCGCGCCCACGCCGCAGAGACUGCUGAGCUCUGGAGGAAAAUCGGUUACUAUGUCUGCAUCCCUGGCAUUGGUAUCACCACCAUCUGGGUCUACCGCGUGGAGCAGGAGCACGCUGAACACGAAGAGCACCUCAAGCACGAGAACAAUGGCACUCUCCCGCAACCUCCCGCGUACGAGUACCUUAACACGCGCCAUCGCCCCUUCCCUUGGGGCCCCAAUUCGUUGUUCUUCAACCGCGAGGUAAACAAGGACAUGUCUGCCAGCGACGAGUAAUCCGUUUAUAGAACUACAGCCACAUGUUUUCUUUGGACCCUCCAUUAGAGAACGGUGUUAUGGUUGAAAGAACUCGAGUGCAAAUUUAAAUACCAAUGGGUAUAUAGGUAUUACACGCGCAGAAAUUGUCCUCGAAGAUGGGCAAAAUGAAGCAGAUCAGUGAAACAAAAAUGGCCUAGAAUGCCACCCAAGCUCCCGCUAGCAUACCGAGAACAACGAAAGAAAGGCUGGCGAUCUGUGGCUUUGCGACCUGGAAGGCGCCAUUAGAUCCUGUAGUCGUUGUGGGAGAAGCCGUAGAACUUGAUGUAGAAGACGCCGUGGCGAGAGAGGCGACAUCUCCGGUUGCAACGGUGUAUACUGACCCAGCAAAAGACGUGGCCACGCCCGCACCGCUGCUCGCGAGAGUGAUCGCUUCACCUCCGGCGGAGGUUACUAUAGUUGCAACUGAUCCUCCAACAGAGGUGACUUCGGUGAAAAUGGAUCCACCUAGUGAAGUAGCGUCCGACAAGACGGAACUAGCUGAAACUACGAUGAGACACGCUUUAUCUUCGCACUUUAGCGUCCCGGGCAUAUUCAUGGACUGCCACAUGAUGGUCUCCGAACCAGAGAAGUGGGUGAACGACAUCGCUGACGCAGGCGGCUCGCUCUACUGCUUCCACCUUGAGGCAACUUCUAACCCGCUCUCGCUUGUCCAAGCCAUACGUGAGCGGAAGAUGAAGGCAGGUGUUGCCAUCUCGCCGGACACGCCUUCGACCGCAAUCACGGACGAAGUGGGCGAGGCCGCUGACAUGCUUCUCGUCAUGACGGUGUACCCCGGUCGUGGAGGCCAGAAGUUCUUGGAACGCUGCGUGCCCAAGGUUGCGGAACUGCGCGCCCGAUUCCCGGACAAGGACAUCGAAGUCGACGGUGGCGUUGGCCCGAAGACGAUCGGUGUCUGCGCCGAUGCAGGCAGCAACGUUAUUGUCGCAGGCACAGCUAUCUUCAACGACCCACACCCAGAGAACGUUAUUCAGGUUCUCAAAGACUCAGUGAACAAGGCCCAGGCGAAGAUUGCCAACCGCGAGCGAUAAAUGAUAAUCACAUGUACUAUCAGAGCAACAACACUGCUGGGAGAUCCCCAAACUUGACACACUUGUAUUAACAACAUCAGAAUUGAAAAGUAUAGUGUGCUACC